AUGUGUAAGCGUACAGGUAAUUUGUUGAAGGAGGGUACGGUACUUAAUUGGAAAACGUCAACUGCUGGGCUCAAAUCCUCGGCCCUGCCAUCUCUUGGAGAUAGUUAUGUGAGAAAAAAUAUAACUAUUGGAAUAAUUCAUGUUGUGUCGCCAGAUAUCUCAUCACCUUCACAUUCACCAUCACCAGGCUUUGAAGUGGAAUUUCUUGAUGCAUUUGAUGAUGAAUAUGAUGGAGUCAUUAUUGAUCCUAACAGAUUACCUUCCAGUGCUAAAGCUUUUGCCUCUGCACUCCGAGCUUCUUUGUCCAAUUGGAAGUUGAAGGAGAGAAAGGGAAUAUGGCUCAAAAUACUGUUGGAACAAGCUGAUCUUGUUCCAAUAGCGAUUCAGGAGGGUUUUGAGUACCACCAUGCCGAACCAGGAUAUGUUAUGCUGACUUAUUGGAUUCCUGAUUAUCCCUGCAUGCUCCCCACCAGCCCUUCUCAUCAAAUUGGUGUUGGAGGAUUUGUGAUUAAUGACAAAAGAGAGGUCCUAGCUGUGAAAGAAAAAUGUCCUUGUAGUUGCUCUAAUGUGUGGAAGAUGCCUACUGGAUAUAUUAACAAGUCAGAAGAUAUAUUCUACGGAGCAAUAAGAGAAGUGAAAGAAGAAACCGGUGUUGACACCAGUUUCCUUAAGAUGGUUGCGUUCAGACAUGCUCACCUUUUCGCCUUCGACAAAUCAGACAUACUCUUUAUGUGCAUGCUUAGACCAUUAUCAUAUGAAAUCACAAUCGAUGAGAAAGAAAUCCAAGCUGCCAUGUGGAUGCCACUUGAUGAAUUUUUGGGACAACCAUUUUAUGAGGAAGACCAUAUGUCAAAAAAACUUUUUGAAGCCUGUAUUGCAGCAUAUGAAGAUCAUUAUAAUGGGUUCAUUGCUCAUCAGUUGACCUCAAAACUUGAUGGAAUAUCAUCCUACUUGUAUUAUGAUAAUAGUUCUAUAACACACCGUUAA